GAUUUAUUGUAGGAGUCUACUAUCCUCAUCCGAAGAUAAUUCUACAACCGGCACACAGCAGACGCAAUUCCAACAGUGAAUACUUCCGUGGAUUAUAUAAAUAAUUCGUAGCAGAGGACUUAAAGUUUAUAUCCAAGUGACCCCUUUUAUUAUUAUAACUCGUUAUUGCAUUUUUUGAAUAAUGUCUACAAGUUUAAAGAGUAUUUGUCGCAAAAUUGUUGCAGUUGGCAGAAACUAUGCGGAUCAUGCAAAGGAAUUGGGGAAUAAAGUUGGCGAUUCACCAGUCAUCUUUAUGAAACCAUCUAGUUGUAUUAUAGAAGAGGGUGAAAGUAUUAAGGUUUGUUUUCGCCUAUGCGCAACAACUUUUUGUUAAGAUGCCCAAUGGAACAACGGAAAUUCAUCAUGAAGUUGAAUUAGGCUUUGUUAUUGGAAAGCGGUUAACAAGUGUGAAGCCGAAUGAGGUGUCUUCCUCCUCAGUAAUGGGUUAUGUGGUUGCUUUAGAUCUAACCGAUCGAUUCUUGCUGAAUGAUCUCAAGUCAAAACAAUUACCAUGGACUCUAGCUAAGUGUUUUGACACUGCCUGCCCUGUAGGUCCAAUUCUUCCAAUGACUUCAUUGCCCAUCAACAUCUUAAAAUCACGUCAAGAAUUUCAUACAGUGAAUAAUGAAAUUUGGUUAAAAGUGAAUCAUUCUGAACGUCAACGAUCAAAGCUGAAUAAGAUGGUAUGGACACCAGCAGAUUUGAUAUCCAUAAUCUCUCAAAGAAUAUCAUUGGAAUAUGGAGAUCUUGUUCUGACUGGUACACCUGCAGGUGUUGGCCCACUGAAAACUGGUGAUGAAGUUGAAAUUGGUUUAGACAAUCUAUGCUCUGUAAAAUUUAAAGUUCAAUAAUUUUUGUAAAUAGUAAAAAAAUCAUAUUGAUUGCUUUUGACAGCUUCCUAGCAUUCCUUAGAUUAUAUAAUAUAUAUAAAGGUUUGUUUUAGACUAUUGCUGCUUGUGUGUCUUUUCUGUCGUGUGUUCAUGAAUUGACUUAAGGCAGAUGCUAUUCCUGGAAGUUAUUCCUUUGACUAUGCAGUAAACCUGUGGAUCCUGGCGUCUCAAUUAACUCUGCUGAACUGUAUAUUCGUGUGCUC